AUGUCACUCGAAGAACACACCCAAGCGCUGCGCGCCUCUCUCACUGAUGCGAAGCUGGUGCCCGGGUCGGCCGCCUCACUGAUCCCCUCCUCCUUUAGCCCGAGCACUAUCCUCUCAAUCGACUACGACAGCAAAGCCGUGUCACUGGGCAACUUCUUCCGGGCUUCGGAAUGCAGGAUUGCGCCAGGCGUCCGGUUCCCGGCCGAGGCCGAGGCCCCAUCCAGCGCCUCCUACACUCUAAUUAUGACGGAUCCGGACGCACCCACGCCGGAUGACCCUAAAUUCGCCUUCUGGCGGCACUGGAUCCUGGCUGGGCUUCAGCCCCUGAGCUCGAGCGCUGAGGGCCAGGUGGCGCAGACGAAGCCCACGGUUACGGAGUAUCUGGGACCAGGACCCAAGGACGAUUCGAAGCCGCACAGGUACCUGUUCUUGCUCUAUAAGGAGCCAGAGGGACUUGAGUUGAAGAAGGAAGACGCUGGUGGUGAGGAAUUUGUGCAGAGACGGUCUUUCAAACCCGAUGUAUUUGCAGAAAAACACCGCCUGAAGCUGGUUGCUGUAAAUUGGAUGACUGUGGCGGGAGACGGGUGGAGCGAGUAG